GGUAUCCUUGAAGUUUGGGGGGUUCUUUUCCCUUCAACUUAAAAGAGAAAACAAACCAAACAUGCACUGUGAUGGUGGAAGGUACGUCAGUGGUGUGCUUUUUCUCACUGGUGGUAUCACAGCUACCAGCACUGUGCUUUCUGUGUGUGUCGGUUUGUCAGUGACAUCUGUUGUUCGAGUUAAAAACCUCCAGACUGAGCUACGUGUGGGGCCUGGAAAAGCUCUACGUGUUUUUUACUUGCCAAGUGGAAGCUUGCUUUUAAAAAGUCACAAAAGUGGGAUUUUUUUCUCCUGAUGGAGUAUUCUAAUUGAGGUGCACUUCAAUUAGAUCUAGAUAAUGAAACAUGUUUUAAAAUUUAUCAUUUUCUUCUAAAUAGAAGUUUAAAAGUAUUUAGAAGUAUUGUGGGAUUUAUUUUGUUUGUUUUUCUCCAUUGGUUUGCUCUGUUGGCUUUUUUUUGCCUCGCUGGUGCCUUGUUCAAGUUUGGUUCCAACUGGAACGGCUGACGAUGCUUGCCGUUAGUACGAACCGCAUUAGUAAGCGUGCUCGCUGCCAGCGAAGUCAUCUCCGAGCUUCGAGAAAGUUCUAAGAGAACGUUAGCGCUUCAGCUAGCGAAACGCCCCCAGCAAGAGGGGCCGCGACGGCAGCCUCCCUCCGCCCCCCGGCCCGCAGUAGUACCUCCGGGCCGCCUGGCGGCGCAUGACGGCGCGGACGGGGCCCGGCGUCCCGCAACAGCCGGAAGGGCUGUGGGGCUGGGACCGGAAGCGCCGCCGGUUUGUUCGCGGCGGUAAAGGCUGCGGGCACGCCUCCCGCCGCUGCGGCCCCCUCAUGGCCUUCAACUUCGGGGCGGCGGCGGGCGCCGGGGCCUCCAACCCCAGCGGAUUUGGUGGGCUUGAAACCACAAACUCCACCGCCGGUGGGUUUAAUUUUGGGGGUUUCGGAUUAGCUGCUAAUCCCGCAGUGAAUUUUAAUAUUGGGAAUUUCGGUGUUUCUACUACCUCAACUCCACCAUUCAAUUUUGGUAACAGUCUGGCAAGUGCAGGUGCAUUUGGAGGAUUUGGGACAACCACUACCACUGCAGCGCCAGCAUUUAGUUUUUCUGCUCCCACCAACACAGGCACCAGCGGACUGUUUGGUGCUUCCCAGAACAAAGGCUUUGGAUUUGGUACUAGUUUUGGGACAGGAACUGGUACUGGCUUGGGUACUGGGUUGGGAACUGGGUUAGGCUUUGGAGGCUUCGGUACCCAGCAGCAGCAGCAGCAGCAGCAGCAGACCUCAUUAGGAGGCGGUUUGUUCAGCCAGCCUGCUCAGACACCUGCCCAGUCAAACCAGCUCAUCAAUACUGCCAGUGCUCUCUCAGCUCCGACACUCUUGGGAGAUGAGAGAGAUGCCAUCUUGGCAAAAUGGAACCAGCUGCAGGCCUUCUGGGGAACGGGCAAGGGGUACUUCAGUAAUAACAUCGCUCCAGUGGAGUUCACACAGGAAAACCCAUUUUGCAGAUUUAAGGCUGUGGGUUACAGUUUAAUGCCCAACAACAAAGAUGAAGAUGGCCUUGUGGUCUUGGUCUUCAACAGAAAAGAAGUAGAUAUUCGAAGCCAGCAGCAGCAGCUUGUGGAAUCACUACACAAAAUUCUUGGAGGAAACCAGACCCUUACUGUCAAUGUAGAAGGUGUUAAAACGAUGCCAGAUGACCAGACAGAAGUGAUCAUUUAUGUUGUUGAGCGUUCACCCAAUGGCACUUCAAGGAGAGUUCCAGCAACCACCCUCUAUGCCCACUUUGAACAAGCCAACAUAAAAUCUUCCCUGCAGCAGCUGGGGGUCAGCUUCUCCAUGGCCAGAACAGAGCUCUCCCCAGCCCAAGUCAAACAGCUCCUUCAAAACCCCCCUGCUGGUGUUGAUCCUAUUAUUUGGGAGCAAGCCAAAGUUGAUAAUCCUGAUCCUGACAAGCUUAUUCCUGUGCCCAUGGUGGGUUUCAAGGAAUUGUUGAGAAGAUUGAAGGUCCAAGAUCAGAUGACCAAACAGCAUCAAACUCGCUUAGAUAUAAUAUCAGAAGAUAUCAGUGAGUUGCAGAAAAACCAGACUACAACUAUGGCAAAAAUUGCACAAUACAAAAGGAAACUGAUGGCUCUUUCUCACAGAACGUUACAGGUGUUAAUAAAACAAGAGAUCCAAAGGAAAAGUGGCUAUGCCAUUCAGGCAGAUGAAGAACAGCUUCGUGUACAGUUAGAUAUAAUUCAGUGUGAACUUAACGCGCCAACACAGUUCAGAGGCAGACUGAAUGAGCUCAUGUCCCAAAUCAGGAUGCAAAACCACUUUGGAGCAGUGAGGGCUGAAGAGCGUUAUUACAUAGAUUCAGACCUCUUAAGAGAAAUAAAGCAACAUCUGAAGCAGCAGCAAGAAGGCCUGAGUCACCUAAUUAGCAUUAUAAAAGAUGACUUGGAGGACAUCAAACUGAUAGAACAUGAGUUGAAUGAGAGCAUUCCCAUGAGAGGAGGUUUCUUCAGUUGACGAGCAGGAUUCUGCUGGGCUCACGUGGAAUGUUAUUUGAGUUUAUCAUUCACCUUCCAAGGCCAAAACUGGUGAGGUAAAAUAAAAUGUGCAUCUUUCAGGAGCAAUGGUGUAUUGGCUGUUAUUUUUUUUAGAAUUUGCAAAGCCUCUUCUAAGCUUUUGAAUUUGACCUUUGGAAGGUUUAUAUUUUGUAAAGCUGUAUACGCUUUAAAGAAAGAAAGAAAACUGAAUCUGUUCAGAUACUGUUUUACUAUAAAACAAUAUGUACUAUUGUACAUUUUUUUUUCUUUAAUUACAGCAGAGUUGUCUUAGAAAUGCAGUGCUGAGGGACUUGUUCCACUUGUGACUUGGUUUGUGGAAGCUUAGCUGCUUCCAUGUUUUUGUCAAAACAGCUGAGUAAUGUUAUGUAAAGAGCUAAUCUAAAUCUUUACAGAAAUGUCUGAACUAUGUUGGUCUUUGUAAUGCUGGUAGUUCUUUGGGGCAUUUCCAGGGUAUGCCCUUCCUUUGGACUGUUUACAUAUGUGAAUUUUACAGUGCUUUUCUGCCCCUCAGCUAAAAACAGUGUCUAGAUAUUGUCUUCUGCUUUUUUUUUUAUUUUGAAUUUCUGGAAAAUAAUAAAUUCAGUCUGACUUUGUAAUAAGUGUGCAUGACGUUGGCUCCUUUUCAGCUAUGUCAGUAAAGCUGUGAAGCUUCCAGCAAAUCCAAGUUAAUGCAUUUCACUUCCUCUAGGCACUGCACGUAACAAGCUAUUCAGUUUGAUGCCACAGCACUCCUUAACAGCUUCAGUCCCCAAACUAAAAUCCAAUACCCUUAGAUCCUACCUGGUACCAAGUACUGCAGAGUGGUACUAGAGGCACUGGAGAACCACCUUUUCUGUCCUCAAGUUGCCUCAAGCCACAGAAAAUAACUGAAACAAAAAUACCUAAUUCCCUGAAGGAGAAGGUUGUACAGCACAUUUAGAACUCACCUUAGAAAUAGAAUUUUGUUCAUUAGCCCAAGAAGUUGAUUACCAAGGCCACAGCACCCCUGCUAGAAUGAUUCUGCUGCAGGUAUGAGAGAAAGAGAGUUUGUGUUUCCUUUACACUUUAUUUAAAAAUUUAAAUGCUCCCCCGUUGGUUUUUAAGCUGCAGUUGCAUCAUGCUUCAGAACUGAACAACCUCAAGCAUAAAGCAGCAUUGCUUUAGCUGAGUAGUUAGUAUCAAAAGGGUACCCUUGGCAGAUUUAAGAGCGUGUGGGAAAGACUGUUCAGUAAAUAUGAGAUGAUGGUAGUUUAUUUUUUCUAUGCAUUGCUCCACUGCGUAUUUUAGUAGAUAUAUC